AUGAACGUUUCGUGCGAGGUAAUUCAGAAUACUCAUUUUGUUAACUCCCGUUAAGAUCCCCAAUCAAGGGGUGAGGAAAACGUUUAUCGAGAUUUAUGAUCCUUUCAUUGAGACUGAUGUUACCUACUGGGAAGUGUCGGGAGGUUCGGAUAUAAGUCUGUCAACUUCUGUGAGGAUUUUAAUUGAGGGACCUAUUAUUUUCCAAUCGGAAUCCCUCUCCUGGCUGCCAAAUGAAAUUAGAACAAAUAUAAUUGAUUAUAUCGGAAACAGCUUAACGUUGACCGGGCUGGCCGAAUGUGGAAAAUUGCGCAAGGCCUUAAAAUGACACCAGCAAAUGAAGAACAGCGGUGGGGAAUUAGUGGUAAUAUGAUGCUUGAUAUUGUAAUUUGUUGUGUUUUUUUAAAAUAUAGAAUAUGCCGUAAAAUGGUCACAUCACUUUUACUUUAAUGCGAUCGCACUUGUUUAGGAUGUUACUGUGCUGCACGCUUCUCGAGUAGGUAAACACAAUCGCCUUCCAUACAGAAAACAUCGACUGAAAAUAUCAGCGCUGAAAACACAGGAUUCAAUUUGCAAAUGUGAAAGGAUCUAAUGUCUUGACCAAUCGUAUCUUGUCAAGCUUUUUGUUUGCAUUCAGAUAUGGCAAAUUUGCAGUAUUUGGGCAAAAUUAUUUUCCAUAUGCAGUAGGCUUAUAAACGCAGAAUAAGAAUUUUUGCUCCCUAGCCAGGAAAAUUAUUCGUCCAUUCAGAGGUAGGUAAUCAGAAAAUAAGCGGUUAUCUCACUCAACAUGUUUACCAGCUCCUAAUUCAGGCCUUUAGGCAAGGCAGAAAAUUCCAUUCUAAUGUUUGCUCGGUACGAAUGAUUAUGGACGUUGUUGACUCUCAUCAAGCGUUCGGCGCCACAUUGGAGGCAGUGUUUCCCUCAAGAGAUUCUAGAUCCAAACACAAGGAGGAACCCUUCAGUUAGCCUGAAAUUUCAGCAUAUACCCCAAAGAAUGUUGAGUUGACAGGACUGCUCUAAUUAUCGCCCUUAAGCCGACUAUACGGACAUGAGGGACAAAUUUAUUGCUGCCCUUUACGCGCUGAAACAUGUAACUUAAAAUUCCGUUUUCCAUUUGCAAGCAAGUCAGAGGUCGUCAUGCAGGGCUAAUGCGUUGACACAUCCAACGAUUCGACUGUGCCAAUAUUAUAUCAUGGCGGAAUAUUUCCAAGCUACCAAGAUAGACAGGAGGUCUGGUGGGUUUGUUUGCAACAAACGACUGAGGCUAGUCGCAAGAAAAAUAAACACUUUUCCUGUAAGACCUCUUCAUGCUGUGGGCGUUAACUGCAGAACACUCUUGGAGCUGCGGAUAAUGCUAAUUGUUUUCUGCUGUCCGAGUAAUGCAUGUCCUAGUAUCUCUCGUGAAAAGACAAACACGCGGAUGGGCAGCGCGUCGAGCACGACUACAGUCAUUAUAUAGGUAAUUUUGUAGAAGCAUACCGACAGGCAACCAGCCACUUUAGGUAAUGCACCCGGCGUCUGGCUACUUGUUUGUCAAGAUCUGUAGACCGGAGUCAUAUUUCUCCCAUGAUUUUCAAAGUGAAUGUUUUCAAGACAUGUAGGAUAGAAUCUGAAGACGCGGUCCUGCCUGCACUGUGUAAUUCUGAACUGCCCUUCCACACAGGAUCAUGUGAUUCGACUCCCGAUACCUGUAAAAGCGACGAUGUCGCAUACGCCCUCCACGAGACAUGGUUCGGCACAAUAACCCUUCUCAGCAAUCAUCGUUGCCUGACACUGUAUUUAAGGAUUGUGCAGAGAGCAAAGCCCAGUAGCAGUUAUUCGCACGGGACACAUACGUUCCCGUUGAUCUGCAGUGCAAUCUCCUUUUUCUGACUAGUUUCAGUUGUUGGCUAAAAUCUCGGUGAGGGGUUUGCUGCGGACCAGGUGCUGUGGUGGUACGCCUAGGCGCGGGAUUGGCCCUUUCAGCCAUCUGGGCGCCCUCCCUCCUCCGAUCUUGAUGCUUAUGGCUCAGGUUGGGGAGGAGAGAGUGAGGUAGGGGCCGCGCAGGAUUUCACUUACUAUAAACUAACCCACACGUAAGUCACCGUGCUUGCUCUCACCUUCCUGUGAAGCACACGACAGAAAUCGUCAGUGGCGACGGCCAAAAUACUGACAAUAAAAACCACAUAUGUACAGAUGUCGAUCUUGUACUUCACCAAGUAACGAACGAUCGAUAUUCUCAUAUAGCCUACUAACCAGAUAUAGUGCCUUCAGCACUCGAAUGAUCUUUAUCGGAAACGAAUAAGUUGGUUAUUAAAAUAGAGAAAAGGCGUUCCAGGGUAUGACUCGCGACAUAUAAAUGAUCAGUUUUUAUACGUGCACACAGAAAGUGGGUGGAAGUAUAAUACCCCAGUAAUCCUUGCAGGACGAUCGUGAGAGCGACACCGUGUUAGACAUUAUACUGCACCACAAGAGUAUUUCAAGCUGUAUGUGCGCAAUACAAACGACUGUUGUGUUACGGACAGAACGACGGAAGACUCAAACAGGCUUAAGUAAUGCUUCAAGAAGCACAUAUAUUGUAUUAUUACUCAGAGAAUUUUCCUAUUCUCUACGUCAUAUAUUCACGACUUUAUACUCGGCCCCCAUAUCAUCUAUGAAUUCUUCCGCCUUUGAAACAUUAUACAGUGACAACAAACCUAGACAUUUCAUUCGUUAUUAAAUAGUAAUCGUGUUUACUUGAAAAUGCUGUAUGCAGUGAAAGCAGUUUUCUUAUUUUAGGCCGAUUCAGUUUUAUAGAGCGGACUAAACGUGAAUUCUUGGUUUCCUUGAGUUAAUACUUAUUAAGUACUUGUUAUAACUUCCCUGUCUCCGCUUCCAGCUUGGUCAAUAAUAUCAAAGCAUCCUAAAAACUAAAAAUAGUUCUUGCUUACAGCAUCAAACUUUAAAAAAGUUAUAAGCUGUUUUCAGAUCACUACAAGAAAGAGAUUUUGCUCUUUUUAAUAGCGCAUGUUUGGGUUUACAAGAAUAUCAGAAGCCGGCAGAGAAAAUUCAUACCGUUAAGUUAGUCAAUUUUGCGGAUUAAAGUACCCUUAGACAUGCAGUUGUGAAGGUGAUAUUUUAAGAUGACAAACAAUAUUAAAACCCAAAUUAAAUAAUUCUGCUGAAUAAAGAACGCACUUCAAAAUCUCGCCUAACUUUACAUGAAAUUAGUAACCGAAUUUGCGUUUCUUUAUCAACCAAUAUCGAAGUCUCAUUCAAACUAGGUAGCUUUCAUUAGGACCAGGGAGCUUUAAACGUUGCCAUGCCCACUUCUUCUGGAAUGGGUUAUAAAUGAAACACAGACCAAAAUACGCUGCCUCGAAUACCAAAUUUUUUGUUACUUCUUACUUCCACUACCUGCAGACCUAAGCCCACCGAUCCGAUUUUAUACUCCACUACCCCACCAGAAACUUUGGAAAGUUAGCGACAUUAAUCGGUUUUCACACAUUUAGUUGUUUAGCUGCAUUGAUCAUGCAACUUAAUAGAUUGAGCGACGGCGGACAUCUAUUUAAUUAGCCGCUUGAUUAAUACAAGUUCGUAGGCGUGACAUAUGCACUACUAAUACUACCACCACAACCGCCGACGCCGUCACCACCACCACCACUACCAGAACCGCCAUUCGGUCAGUUUUCGUUGGGCGGGAGAACGCUAAGGAUUCCAUGGAGGAGGAACCCGCUCCGAGCAAAACCACAAACUGCCGUAUCAGGAUGGAGUGAUUUCUGGCGAGGUCACCGGGUGUUUUAACCUUACCAAACAAUGCCUGUUGAAACAAAUAAAUGCUGUCGACGCGUCACCGGGACUUUGGAGGCCAACUAUGCAGUCUUGCAUGAAAAGGCAGGCGGAAAUUCUCUUCCAGUUCAUUUGUUGAAAACCAUACAUUAAGAACCUUGUGAGAGAAAUGUGACUUCGGUCCACAGAAAAUGGAGAGCAGUUAGACGGAAUCCGAACGUAUAAGCUGCAUUGGCUGUUUCCAGGUUGGAAUUCUUUCUAGUCACUGAUUCGACCUCUUCUCGGACGCACGGUUUAUCUUCCAACCCGACAUCUUACACUGUCUCAUGGCAGGUAAACACACUAGACCACGAUAACACAACUAGCAUACCUCACAUCUCUAGAUCUGCGAUGCUGUCAACUAGGGUAUUGACGGUCAAUUCGAAAGAAAUUAUUCUUUGCCCUGCAGAGUGUGUCGUGUGUCUGUGACAACGAGCGCACCAAGGCUCGUCUCUAGGUCAAACUGUCUGGAAAAAUCCUACGGUGGUAUGCGACUAACCAGGUCACGUAUUGGCUUUACGCUUGAUGACCCCUGACCUACUGGCCAGAACGACUCUACUAGACAAUGCAGGUCUAAAUUCCACUCACGAGCGUACGUAGGGCAGCAAUAGACUGCUUGCCCAAGUCCAUAAAUCCUGCUUUUAGACGACAUUUGGAGCGCCAAAUUCAUUCAAACUGAAAGUUGGUUUUUGUGGUUAAGUCUAUCAAUUGCUUUCAGGGUGAAGUUGACUUAUACACUAUCCGAAGUGUAUUGUGGAAUACUUAUUUUAAAAAGCUUGUAAACUUUCUAAUCAUUUCUACUGGGCAAUCGUCAGAACGGAAAAUUCUACAUUGACAAAAGGCCUGAACUAGCUAUAGACAAACCUUUUAAGGGAAAGCUAAACCCACUUCGGUGGUCAUUUCUCACCUCAAUAGUUUACUGGCGAACCUUACACUUACAGUUUAAUGAGAAGAACUUAGUAAAAAAAGAACGGCGUCUUCCAUCUCCAAAAAGUUAUAUGCGUUAUUUUGGUCAUUAGGUUAACGCUUUAACUUUCGACAGAAGGCCGUCAUUGCGGUAAUUCGUGUUAAUACGUUCAGAAAUGUCCAUCUUUAAAUGAAAUCUUAGGCCUUUAGCGACCUUGGGAACUCUCACAUAAUACAUGAUAUUUUGGCGGGAUUGACUUUUGUUGACGUCUAAACAGGAUAUGAAUAUUGGUGGGCCCCUAUAGGUAAUAAGGGUAGACCUGAGCAUAAUUCUAGAAAAGGCAAUACUUUCCCGUGUCCCAAUCCCAAAAAUAAUCUUAAAAUAAAUCUAAGCAGUUUUUCCCAUCUUUAACCUUACACUACUCUUAAUAUCUUCUCUCUAGUUAACACUAGCCUGUACCAUUGACCAUAAACCAUACUCUAGCCAUUUUUACAUACAGCCAAUGAACUUUUUGCCUUCAACAGUUCAGCACAUGAGAAAAUCUAGGGGAUACCAAUAGGUUCCCGAUACACACAAUCUGCCCUAAAAGAGUUGAAAAAGUUCGCUUCGAACCCCAGAUAACCUGUAUUUAGGCGUUGACAAAUGAACGGCAAGUUCAUUAUAAUUGGCACGGGUUGUGAAGAAGAAGAAGAAGAAACGAUUUCCGGGAUUAGAAAUUUAUUAUCCUGACACGGGUAGGCCCUGGGGACAGUUAAUACUGAAUCUUCCCUAACUUCAGUUCCCAAGACAUGAAUAAAAGUUCGAACAAUUGCCCUUUUCAGGUCUUCUCAUCAUGAAGCAAGGUUUAUAGAAAGAUGAAUAACUUAACUAGGUCCUUAGAUAUUAUUGAAACCGUUCGAUUGUGUAGACACGCGGCUGUGUUAGGACAUUUCCAACGCCGAAAUAUCCAAACAGUAGAUCGAAAGUACGAGUACGAGUAGCACAACCACUCCGGAAACAGUGAGCAAAUAACGGCGAGCGAAGCACUUUAAGCGGCUGCUUCUGUACUUGUCCACUCGGAACAAAUGUGAAAGAACCUCCGACAGUCUGCAACCGUCUGUCAUUCAUAAUCAUUGUGUCAGAUAAAACGAAACGAACUGCCACAGAGUCUAUCAUUGGCGUCGCUCAAAACCCGGUAGCGACCAUGCGUACCCAAACUCAUGCAAAUGAAGAACCGACUGGACGCGGGUGAGCCGUGGAUGUAGUUUAUCAAAUUUCGGUGCCUUAACCGAUCCCGUUAUUUAACAGGUUGGAACAAACGACGGUCAAACUCACGAAUAUUAAAGUAUAAAUGGGUCCAUCGUGGAGGCGAUCUGUCGUCUCGAGUCGCUAUUCCCACCCUGGAGGGAGGUCACGAAGUCAACUUUGAGAGCAUGCGAAUGAUGGUGCGAGUCAGCGAUAAGACGUGGCGGCAACUGCAGGAGAGGAUGGGUGUCUUUCACCUACUCCACCAAUAG